UUUCACCAAGUCGAGACUGAUUAAAAAACUCUGAAAAAUGGCACGUACCAAGCAAACUGCCCGCAAAUCAACCGGAGGAAAGGCUCCUCGCAAGCAAUUGGCGACGAAAGCUGCUCGCAAAAGCGCCCCAGCCACCGGCGGAGUCAAGAAGCCUCAUCGCUAUCGUCCCGGAACUGUCGCUCUUCGUGAGAUUCGUCGCUACCAAAAGUCGACAGAGCUCCUGAUCCGCAAAUUGCCUUUCCAACGAUUGGUCCGUGAAAUCGCGCAAGAUUUCAAGACUGACUUGCGUUUCCAAAGCUCCGCCGUUUUGGCCUUGCAAGAAGCCAGCGAAGCUUAUCUCGUCGGUUUGUUCGAAGACACCAACUUGUGCGCCAUCCACGCCAAACGCGUCACCAUCAUGCCCAAAGACAUCCAAUUGGCUCGUCGUAUCCGCGGAGAACGUGCUUAAAUUGUCUCACGACUCAAAUUCAUACAAAAU